AUGGUGGCCCAGCUCUCUGACGUUGCGGACAAAACUUUCGACUAUGUCAUCGUGGGCGGAGGCACCGCCGGCUUGACCAUCGCAGCGCGGCUACUUGAGAACACGGAUAGUUCUGUGCUCGUACUCGAAGCGGGCGCUCCUAACUUGGACGAUCCGAAGAUUCUGCUGGGAGGCGGAUGGGGUUCUACGUUCACUGAUCCUAAGUUCAGCCAUGAAUUUCUACGCUGGAUGAAGCCCCCUGCGGCUGACGUCGAUGCAUGGGAAGAGCUAGGAAAUCCUGGCUGGAACUGGAAAUCGUACAUGAAAUACACGUUGCGCGCGGAAGGGUUUACGGCGGCGUCCGAAGACCAGCUGAAGGAGUACGCGCACACGCACAACAUCGAGUACCGGGGUCAAACUGGCCCAAUAAAGACCACGGUCCCUGUGACCCCGCUCCAGAUCAACAAGUUUUUCCUGGAGGCAGCGCAGAAACAGGGCCUCCCUCUGCUCGAAGACUCUUACGGUGGUCAUACUACCGGGUGCUGGGAAGGGUCAGCCUGUUUGGACCGCAAGGCGAAGUGGACGCGUUCGUAUGCCGCUACGGCAUACUACCUGCCGCACAAGGACAAUGCGAAGCUCAAGGUUCUCACAGAGGCCACUGGCGCUAAGAUCUUGUUCGAUGACGCAAAGGACGGCGAAGAUCUCGUUGCAACUGGCGUUGAGUUCAUCCACGGUGGAAAGACCUACAAGGCGUACGCGAACAAGGAGGUUGUUCUUGCUGGAGGCACUAUCAAAUCUCCUCAACUUCUGGAGUUAUCGGGGAUUGGUCGGCGUGAUGUCCUCGACAAGAUCGGUGUUCCGCUCAAGCUAGAACUCCCUGGUGUGGGAGAGAACAUGCAGGAUCAUACGUAUGUGGGCGUCUCCUACGAACUUGAUCCCAACGUGUCGCACAAAACUGCCGACCUGUUUCGCAACCCCGAGUUCGCGAAGGAGCAAGUCAGCCUGCAGGAUCUUGACAAGGAAAAUUUGCACCGGUUGGGUAUCACGGCCUUCGGCUACGUGCCGCUUCAGCUCGCGAGUCCCAAUGGUGCCCCCAGCAUCGUUGAGAAGAUGACGGCGUACGUCGAGGAGAAGAAGCAAAGCGGCACGCUCCCUCCUGGGCUCGCCGAGCAGUGGGAUAUCCAGCUCCGCGUGCUCAAGGACGCAACUUUGCCUGACAUGGAAACCCUCGCGUUCCCCGGCUGGUUGACAUUCAUCUCCCGACCAGAGCCGGGCAAGUGCUACCUCACUGCCCUUUGUGUGAUUCAGCACGAGUUCUCCCGGGGCAGAGUGCAUUCGAAGAGCAGCGACCCUCUCGAGCAACCGGACAUCGACCCAAACACGUUCUCCGUGCCAUAUGAUCUGGACAUCUUCACUGAGAACCUCAAGUUUGUGAGGCGCCUCGCGGCUACGGAGCCAUUCAAGUCUGGGGUCGUCCGAGAGGUCGAUCCUGGAUUGACGGCACAGACGGACGAGGAGAUCAAAGAAUACCUCCGGAACUACUGCACCACAUGCUUUCACGCAUGCGGCACCCUCAGCAUGCUCCCGCGCGAGAAGAACGGCGUAGUGAACCCGAAGCUGCAGGUAUACGGCACGAAGAAGCUACGUGUUGCCGACAUGUCAAUUAUCCCCUUAGAAAUCGCUGCGCAUACGCAAGCCACUGCCUACUAUGUUGGCGAAUACGUUGCCGACAUCCUUAUUGGAGCCGCCUGA